AUGGCUGACCUACAGAGAGCUUUGAUUGGAACAUGGAAGGUUUUAACAUAUGAUAUGACCAUAUCUUCCGAGAAAGGCACUUCAACGAUUCAACCUGCAGGGAAGAACCCCCUCGGAUACGUCACAUUUACACAAGAUGGCUAUAUGUCUGUCCAUAUGACUUCAUCUGAGGCUAUUGUUCCGCAUAAAUCCGAUAUGUGGUAUCAAGCAACUGAUGAGGAAGUGGUCCGAGCAGCAAGGGCUAUGUUGACAUACUGUGGCCCAUUCAAGGUGACGGAGGAAGCGGGAGAGUACCUUAUAAGCACUGCAGUCGACGUCUCCUUAGAUCCAAACUGGAUUGGGGGAGACCAGGUGCGAAAAGUGGCGAUAGAAGAGCAAGACGGCCGCCCGUUGCUGAUCCUUCGACCAGUUCAGACUUUCACCUUCGAAAACGGUGAUACUGCGGAAGUUAUCGUGAGCUGGGAAAAGAUUUUGCCAAAGGAAAUCAAGUAA